UUCACAUUAAAAGUGCUGUAGGGUUUUGCGCGGAUCGAUCGAUCAAUGCAGCUACUCCUCUUGUGAUCGCGUGGAAUGGCGGCACAGCCGCUACCGGUUGUGGAUUGGGAGGCUGUCAAGGAGGAGCUCGAGGCAAUCGACGACUCGUGGAAGCAACCUCGAUUCGACUCCCUCACGCACGUCGUCGAGGUCCUCACAUCGCAUAAUCCCGAGGACGCCACGCAGACGCUGCGAGAGCAGCGCGAUGCGAUUGAGGCGCUCGUGGAUGAUGUCGUCCGCGGCUACCACAAAGGAUUCAACAAGGCAAUCCAUAAUUAUUCCCAGAUAUUGAGAUUGUUUAGUGAAUCCGCCACAGGCUUGAGUGGCCUCAAGCUACAGCUUGCCGAUUGCAAGAAACUCUUGGGUGCUCGACACAAGCAGCUCCAACAACAAUGGUACCGUUCUGUUAUACUCCGAAAUGUGAUCUCUCUACUGGAUCAAAUUGACAAUGUUUCAAAGGUUCCAGCAAAAAUAGAGCAGUAUAUCUCGGAGAAGCGGUAUUAUUCAGCUGUCCAGCUACAUAUUCAGUCAAUAAGCAUGCUCGAGCGGGAGGGAAUUCAAGGGGUCGGUGCUUUGCAAGACGUGCGUGCAGAGUUUUCAAACAUGAAGGGCGUGCUUUUCUUCAAAGUCGUGGAGGAUUUGCAUUCCCAUCUUUACUGUAAAGGAGAAUACAGCACUAGUGUUAUCAGGGACAAGAAUGCCGACGAUGAUCUAUUAAAUAUUGAUACCAUGGUACUUCCUGCUGGAAGUUCGCACCCUUUUUCACGACGGACUAGAACGUUCAAGAAGUCGGAGAAUGGUGGUGACGGGAGCGCAAACGGCCACGUCGAAGAUCGGCGAAAUUCAAGUGAUAAAAGCUCUAUUUCUGCCGAUAGUAAGGACGAGGAAUUGAGCCAGGACGAAAGUGUCGGCAAAGAAAGUAUGAAGCCCAAACGAGCGACGCUUGUUUGGCUAGGAGAUGCGACCCCUAACGAGUUUGUGGAAGCUAUAACCAAAAGUGAUGCUACGCUGAACGUGAAAUACCUCCAGACAAUGGUAGAAUGCUUAAAUUUGCUGGGAAAAACGGCUGCCGCUGGUGCACUCAUCAGCCAGCGUCUUAGGCAGACAGUACAUGAUUUGAUAAUCGAGGAAAUCAAAGCACACGCAGUCGCAGUUGAUGCUUCAAGGCCACGCGUUGAAGUCUCCAAAAUAUCAGUUUCUCACAAAAAUGGCGUGUUAACUCUAGGCCUGAAGAAAGUUCAAGACAGCAAGCAUGCAAAGAAGGUGAGGGCUUCAUCUGAAGCCUUGACGUCAAUUGGGCCAACUGGACCCGGUCAAACGGCUGCGAGGAACCUCGUGGAGCCUGUCCUGGCCAUGUUGGCCCGUGUACUAGCAAAUCAUGUGAUUGUUGGAAAGGCUAUGGAAUCUCACACUGGAGAUGAUGAUACUCAUUCUGUGAGUGGAUACAACAUUGGCUUUGCUGUGACUGUCAUUCAGAGUGAAUGCCAGCAAUUUAUUUGCGACAUACUUCGAGCUAAUGCAGAUGCUACGCAGACCGAUUCAUCUGGUCAGGCUGCAAGACAGUCAAAAGUCACUGCAGCGGAUAAAAGCAAUGCUGGCCCUGAUGAAGGAUUGUCGUUUACCUUUCGUUUUACGGACGCCAUGUCUCUGCCUGGAGCUGUUCCUCGACCUGUUCGUAGGCGCGGAUCCGCAAACGCUCAAGAAGGCUUUGGGGUUAGUACAGUACUUAGUGACAGGGGCAUGUACCUCAUUGCAUCACUGUACCGGCCUGUGUUAGAGUUCACAGAUGGAUUUACGUCCUUGCUUCCAGAAAAAUAUGCUUCUCUUGGCAAGGAGGGUUUGCAUAAUUUUUUGGAGACCUUUAUAAAGGACCAGUUUUUACCAAGAAUCUACGUGGACUACAGAACUCGUGCUGCAGACGCCCUAGCAAGCUCUGCCGCAUUUCGUCUUAAAACGCGUUCAUCCGUGACUAAAAUGUCCUCCAUCGCUUUACUUGGGCCUUCUGUGGCAGAUCAGCUAGCUUCUGAGGUUGUUGCGUGGGCACAUGCAAUGCCAAAAUAUGCGCCCGAGUUUCUGGAGCUUGUGCAGACUAUUUUGGAGAGGACUCUUGAAAGAUGUCGGGCUGCAUACACUGAAGCCGUCCUGGGUAGCCUGAGCUCCAGCAUUAUCGGCAGGACCGACGUUGAACAACUCAUGCAGCAAGACCCUGCAAGUGUUUUGCUUGAAGCAGAUUGCCCUGAUCAUUAUCCGAAUGGAGAGGACGUUGAGCUGGAAAUGGAGAUGAACAAUUUGCUUUUGAGUUUGCGGCCUAUCAAACAUGACCAACUCAUACAUGGUGAUCAGAAGUUCGUUCUUCUGGCUGCUCUCAGCGAAUCUUUAUCUUCUCUUGCAACUUCGAUCCAAAAUCUUGGAUCGCAACAAAAGAAGAAUGACAUGGCGUCUAAGCGGCCCAGCAAUAUUUUACCUUCGGGGCUACAUAGUCUGAUCGCGAAAUACCAAGAUCUUUCUUCGGAAUGCCUUCGGACACUCCGCAUUGAAAUGCAACUUCAAGCAAUACAUUAUCUACAGAGUAUGACCGGGAGAGUCUAUGUUAGCGAUCACGAUGCUGAAGAACCUGAAGAUUUCAUUGUUUCAUUUACUUCUCAGAUUACGAGAUGGGAUGAGGAAAUGACUUUCUAUAUUUCUUCCGCCAAAAGAAAUUACGCUUUUGGUGGAAUAUGUGGAGUUGCCGCGACAGCGUUUGUUAAGGCUCUGAACGACAUGAGUUUAGUUAACGUAUUCGGAGUUCGACAAAUAUGUAGAAAUUGCAUCGCAUUCCAGCAAGCCUUGGCAGCACUUAGCUCGACAGAUGCUGAUAUGGUGCAACAACGGCUUGACAGAGUCCGAACCUACUAUGAACUUCUUACUAUGCCUUUUGAGGCUCUUAUUGCGUUCGUGAACGAGCACGACUCGGAAUUCUCAUUCACCGAAGUCUCCAAUCUUCUCAAAGUGAAUGUGCCAGGCAGAGAAAUUCCACCAGAUGCUGUGCAACGCAUCGGAAAAGUUUUGGCGCCUUGAACAAGAAAAGGAGGGAGUGUACAUUAGCUGUUUGUGCAAAGUGUAUAGUUUAUAGAAUUUUUACAUUGCAUUCAUUCUUUCUGCUAAAA